AUGUCGUGGAAUAGUACUAUAACUUUAAAUUGUACAUCAAAUGGUCUUUCUUAUAUUCUUGAUUUUGUAAAACAAAAAUUCAUUGUUUAUCUACCACUUAUAUUCAUCAUUUUUGGUGUAAUUGGUUUCAUUGGUAAUGCAUUUACAUUUCUUCAACCAUCACUUCGAUUUAAUACUUGUUGUAUUUAUUUACUUUGUGGUUCAUUAGUUGAUGUUAUUAAUCUUUUUAUUAAUCUUUUAACUAACUAUCUAAAUUCUACGACUGGUUAUAUACUUUCUUUAGUAACCAAUCGUCAUUUAUCUUUGUCUCUUAUUGAUCGUUUUGCUUGUACAUGUAGUUUGACAUCAUCUAUAAGACAUAUUCGACAUUUAAAAAUGGUACCAUGGAUGAUUAUUAUUACUAUUACUAUCAGUGGCAUUACUUCACUGUAUGCACCUAUCCAUUAUGAUAUUGUCCCCAAUUUGGGAUGUGUAUGUACAAAUCGAGUUUUCAACGCUAUUUUAUAUAUUGUUAGUCAUGGUGUUAUGACACCGUUUGCGAUGUUAAUAUUUGUAUUGCUCACUUAUCGAAAUGUUCAACUAAGUCGCCAUCGUGCAGGUUUACAAAAUCGUGUCAAUAUAGAUCGAUCUCGAAAUCCAUUUAUUCGAAUGAUUUUUACUCAAGUUUUUACAACAAGUUUCUUAAUAUUACAAUGGAUUAUUUUUUAUAUCUAUCACUUGAUUGUUAUAGAUAAUAUAAAGACUAGUGAACAACAAACUGUGCAUUAUUUUAUUUGGUAUGUCAGUAAUAAUAUCUAUUAUCUUGUUAAUGUUAAAUCAUUUUAUCUUUCUACAUUAACAUCUCGCUCAUUUCGAAAGACACUUCUUGACGCUGUAUUUCAGUUGUUACCUUUUCGUCAACAACGACAAACGAAUAUAAAAUUUUCAGAAAAUUUAACUCAUAGUUCGUCAAAAUAUAAGGCAGAUGACAAGUCACAGUAUGAAAUAUAA